GCCAAGGCCGCCGAGGCACAGGCUAAGGCGGCAAGCCUCUCCAGAGCGGCAAGGAUGCACCGCGACGCCAACGCCGUGGGCAAGGCUGAGCGCAGGCUCACGGCGGCCCGCAAGGCGCUCGAGGAGAAGAACCAGGCCGUGCACGAGGCCGAGGACCGCGUCCAGCAGGCGCACGAGGAGCUGGCCCAGCUGGCAGCCGAGCGCGACGAGAGCGAAGCUCGGCUCCGCGAGCUCGAGGCCGAAGCUCAGGCGGCAGCUGAGGAGGAGGAGCGCCGCAAGGCGGCGGCAGUGGUCGAGAGCAGCCCAGUGCCAGGGCUCCUCUUCCAGCUCGACCACCUGGAGGACGCCUGGCGCUCAGGUAAUUUCCAGACUGCUUGGGUCGAGGUGCAGAGGCCGCGCGUCGCGGCGACGCUGCCGGCCCGUGGACGCCGGUCAGUGCAAAUCUUCGGCGGCAUCUGGCUGAUGCCGCUGAUGAGCUCCCUCUUGCCGCUAGCCAGCCCGUGGAUGGCGGCGGGGAGUCCAAUGGGUCUGGGCUUUGACGGGCGGGUCAUGCCGCCUGGUGAAGGGGCCGCUGCGUCGCCAGGCCAGCGCAUGGCGGCAGCUGAGGCCCUUGGGGGCCACCGUGCCCCGCGGCCCCCAGCAGCGGCGUCGGUGAUCGGCGGCCUCCCUGGGCGCGGCGGUGGCCCCUCAGCGCCGGGCGCCCCCGGCAGCGCGGCUCUCCCUGGUGGACUCGUGGCCCUGGGGUGCAACGGCAACACCUGGGACAGGAGCAUGGAAGUCCUCGAGAGCUACCGCGCGCGAUUCGGGCACUGGCCGCACCUCGUCAUGCUCCAGGAGACGCGGCUGGAGCGCAGCGAGCAGCUCUCGGCGGCCCGUGCCAGGGCCCGCAGGCUCGGCUAUGAAGCCUUCCUGCAACCAGCCGCCCACACGGAGGGCCUCGGACCCUUGAGCAACUCAGGGGGCGUUGCCAUCCUGGUGAGGCAGGACCUCCAGGCCCAGCUGGUACCUUGGCAGCUGCCCGCGGAGGUCUCGCACCGCCUCGUCGGAGUUACAGUGGCGACAGCUUCGGGGCUGGAGGUAAUGGCUGCCUCGGCCUACUUCCAGCACUCCCUCGGGCCGAAGGGCGUCAACCUCGACAUCGUCAGCGCCUUCAGCGGCCUCGCCACGACAGCUGGCCGCAUGCCGUGGCUCCUCCAGGCGGACUUCAACAUGGAGCCGUCCGUGCUGGACGAGCUGGGGUGGCCCAGAGGACAGCUCGGCGUCUACCUGGGCCCUGGGGCGCCCACCUGCUUCGCCCAGCGCCAGGAGCACGAGUACGACUGGUUCACGUGCUCACGCGCCUUGGCGCACACCACGCGGGCCUGCCGCGUUCUCAGCGGCUUCGGGCUCCACCCCCACCAGCCCGUCGAGCUGGUGCUGCAGGACGCGCGGCCGGACGCGCUGGUCCAGGUGCUGCGCCGGCCCGGGCGCUUCCCCGACCUCGACCUGAAGGAAUGCACCCCCAGCGAGAGCGCCGAGGUGCAGCGCUACGUCCGUACGGGGCCCUCGGCCUGGCGCGCCGAGGCGGUUGCUUGGGGAUGGGAGCCGGGCUCGGCCCCAAGCAAUCUAGGCUCAGCGGUGCACCAAUGGAUCCAGGCUGCCGAGGGCACCCUGGUCGGCAUCCACGCCACCGACGCCAGUCAGCGGGCCAGAUUCCCAGGGAGGGCCGACGCGCCCCAGCUGGUCUACAAGCCGCUGUCUGCCGUGGUGCGACGCGAGUACCGCCUGAGGCACUCCGCCUUGACGCACCACAUCCGUCUGGCCCUGGAUCUCGCUCUGCAGCGAGUGAAGGCCGCCGUCACCGAGACCUGGCAGGAGGCCCACCGCUCCUGGUACGUUACGCAGAGGGAGCGCCGCGUCAAGCUGCUAAACGCUUCCACCCAGGAGGCGCGAGACGAGGGAGACCUGGACUUCGACGUCAGCGACUGGGAUGACCUGGUGUACUACGCGGGCGUCGAGGGCCACGGCGGCGCCAUUGCCGUGUUGCAGCAACGCCGCCUGGCCCACCGGUUCGCCAAGGCUGCCCCGCCGCCUCGUGUCCUCGAUCCCGACUCGGGGCGGCCGCUCGCUGGCAUGGCCGCCAUCGGUGAGCUGGGGCAGAGCUGGAAGCGCCUCUGGCUCCAAGCGGGCUUCGUCGGCGGCUCCGGAGUGGAAGGGUGGGACACGCGCGGGUGGCAGCUCCCGCCUCUGUCCCUGGAGCAGCUCCAGGGGGCCUGCCGCUGGUACUCCCCUACCUGCGGCCUCGGGGCCGACCAGCUUCACCCGCGGCAAAUCCUGCUGCUGCCGCUGGCCAUGCAAGUGCGCUUCCUAGACCUGCUCACCUGCUACGAGGCGCAGCCGCGCGCGUCCAAGACCCACUUCCUGGCCUCCAGCACGGAGCUCGGCCAGAGCCUCCAGGUGUGCUGGGGCGAUGCCGGGUGGCGCUUCGAGCGCGCGCUCCAGGCGCGCAACCUUGGCACCGACGCCAAUGUCACUCGCCGGGGCGUCCACGAGGGCCACGGCAGGGCCGCCGAGGCCCUUGCGCGAGCCAGGAGGCUGCGGGUCCUCAAGGCAGCUGGAGCUGAAAUCGACGCCGUGCACAAGGCGGGACCCACGGCCAGCAUGGCGUGGGGGCGUACGGUGACUGGCAUUGCUGACGGCGAGCUCCACUGCUGGCGGGUCGCGGCGGCGAGGAGCGCAGGCCGGCUGCCCAAUGGUGCGUCUCUGGGUUUCCGCCUGCGUGCGGCCGAGGUGCAAAGGAACCGUAGCCUGGACCCAGCUGCCAUCUUGGCGGGGCAGACGGUCUCGAUGUUGGCCUCGCUCCUCCAGUCUGGCGAGGUUCCGUUGGGCAUGAUGCGGGCGGGCCUCGAAGCGGCCGACUCGCGCCACCAGCAGUCUGCCUCGCCAUGGGUGGCGUGCCGGUCGCCGAUCGACGCCGCAGUGCUCUCCAUGAAGCGCAUCGGUCGGCACUUCGUGUCCGAGCGCCAGCUGGUGACCGACCAGGGCGACGUGCUCAACCUCCUGGAUCUCGGCCCGCGUGACCUCGGGCAGGAGGCCGCGUUUGGGGCCCGGCGAGCCUCCGACCGCAGCGAGCUCCAGAGGCUGGCCAAGGGUGGCUGGCACACCCAACCGCUCUUCUGGGACGCCAUCGGCGGGCUCAUCGGCCCUGGCGGGCUGCUGGGCGCACGGGAGAAGGCGGCCUUCGUCUCGUAUCUGAGCAACGCGCACUGGCCUCAGCAGCGGCUGUGCCGAUCAGGCGAGCGGAACCACAGCCGCUGCUGCCUUUGCGGGGCGGCGAGAGGGACGCUGUGGCACCGCCUCUUCGAGUGCCCUGCGCUCGAGCCUGUGCGGCGCGACAGCGUCUCCACCAGGCUCCUGCGAUGCGCGCGGCGCGUGCGGGCCCUGGGAGGGGAGGCGGCCGAGGACUUCGCCAGAGGCUGGCCCCCGGCGCCUUUCCCAAGGCUUGGGCCCCGCAGCGACGCGAUGGAGGUCUACUGGAUCAACCGCCCCGCUGACUCGCGGCUGACCGGCCGGCUGUUCCUGGACGGGUCGGCCCUGGAGCCGGCGUUCGGAGCUUUGCGGCGCGCGGGCUGGGCGAUCGUCCAGACCGACGCCGACGGCAACCUUAUCGCGGCCGCCUUCGGCACGGUUCGCAGGGACCUCUGCCCGCAGCAGACGUCCAAGAAUGCGGAGGAUUUCGCGUGCUGGAUGCUGUGCGAGGUGGCGGGCCCUGGAGCCCUGGAGCUGAACAUUGAUUGCAGCUCCACGGUCGCCUGCCUGCGCAGAGGCAAGGCUUACGCGACCGCGGCUGGCAGGCCUGGAGCCCACUUGUGGUCGAGGUUUUUCGCCACCUUCGAGCCCGGCGACUACGAUGUCCGCAAGGUGCCAGCCCACUGCUCGAUGGUUCAGGUGCGCGAAGGGCGCCUGACGGAAGCGCAGCUCCGCGGCAACAGGCUGGCCGACGCCUAUGCCAAGCGCGGGGCCCAGUGCCAUGCCGUGGACCCCCAGGUGGUCAGGGAGUUCCACGGCUUCGUCGCGGUCUACAACGAGCUGGCCAGAUGGAUCGCGCGGGCCUCGGUGGAGCACCAGCGCUGGGAACACAAGGACGCCGAGGACCUCCCGGAGGGCGACGAGCGCAAGAGGCCGCUUGUCAGCUUCGCCGAGGGCAUCGCUGUUGCGACAGUCAUCGUCUUCGGCCACGCCCUGAGGUACGCCCGCUCGGGUGACGGCGACGACGAGGAGGAGCUGAUCGGGUGCCAGCACUGCGGGGCCUACAUGCAGCUGGGUGGGCGCAGCGGCGCCAGGCCUAAGCUGAAGGAGGCUUGCCCUGGCUGGCGGGGGGCCGACAAGGCCAUGCGUGCCCAGAGGAGCCAGUGGGAGCGCGGCCUUCACCCAAGAGGUCGGCGCCGCGAGCAGGGCGAGCGCAGGCUGCGCCCGGAGCCGCUCACCGAGGCCGUGGGGCUCCGCUACCUCGACUUGCAAGAGUGGUCGGCGGCCGCUGAAGCAGCUGCCGAGGAGCGCAAGCGGCGGCGCCUCAACCCUGAGGCCGCCGACGUCGACUGCGAAUUGUGA